GAUGGCGGGGUGCAGGGGGUCUGUGUGCUGCUGCUGCAGGUGGUGCUGCUGCUGCGGUGAACGCGAGAGCCGCACCCCCGAGGAGCUGACCAUCCUUGGGGAGACACAGGAAGAGGAGGAUGAGAUCCUUCCGAGGAAAGACUAUGAGAGUCUGGACUAUGACCGCUGCAUCAAUGACCCUUACCUGGAGGUGUUGGAGACCAUGGAUAAUAAGAAAGCGCGAAGAUAUGAGGCAGUGAAAUGGAUGGUGGUGUUUGCCAUUGGCGUCUGCACUGGGCUGGUGGGUCUCUUUGUGGACUUCUCUGUGCGACUCUUCACCCAGCUCAAGUUCGGAGUGGUUCAAACCUCGGUGGAGGAGUGCAGUCAGAAAGGCUGCCUUGCCCUGUCCCUCCUUGAACUCCUGGGUUUUAACUUGACCUUUGUCUUCCUGGCGAGCCUUCUCGUCCUGAUAGAGCCAGUGGCAGCGGGUUCUGGAAUCCCUGAGAUCAAGUGCUAUCUGAAUGGCGUGAAGGUGCCAGGAAUCGUCCGGCUCCGGACCCUGCUCUGCAAAGUGUUUGGGGUGCUGUUCAGUGUGGCUGGAGGGCUCUUCGUGGGCAAGGAAGGCCCCAUGAUCCACAGUGGUGCUGUGGUAGGAGCCGGCCUCCCUCAGUUUCAGAGCAUCUCCUUACGGAAGAUCCAGCUCAACUUCCCCUACUUUCGCAGUGACAGAGACAAGCGGGACUUUGUAUCAGCGGGGGCAGCUGCUGGAGUUGCUGCAGCUUUUGGGGCCCCUAUAGGGGGCACCUUGUUCAGUUUGGAGGAGGGCUCGUCCUUCUGGAAUCAGGGGCUCACGUGGAAAGUGCUCUUCUGUUCCAUGUCUGCCGCCUUCACCCUCAACUUCUUCCGUUCUGGGAUUCAGUUUGGAAGCUGGGGCUCUUUCCAGCUGCCUGGGUUGCUGAACUUUGGUGAAUUUAAGUGCUCUGACUCUGAUAAAAAAUGUCACCUCUGGACAGCUAUGGAUUUGGGUUUCUUCGUCGUGAUGGGGGUCAUUGGGGGCCUGCUGGGAGCCACAUUCAACUGUCUGAACAAGAGGCUUGCAAAGUACCGUAUGCGCAACGUGCACCCGAAACCUAAGCUCGUCAGAGUCUUAGAGAGCCUGUUGGUGUCCCUGGUGACCACUGUGGUGGUGUUUGUGGCCUCCAUGGUGUUAGGAGAAUGCCGACAGUUGUCUUCUGCGAGUCAAACUGGUAAUGGCUCGUUUCAGCUACAGGCCACAUCAGAAGAUGUGAAUUCUACCAUCAAGACAUUUUUCUGUCCCAAUGAUACCUACAAUGACAUGGCCACACUCUUCUUCAACUCCCAGGAGUCUGCCAUACUGCAGCUCUUCCAUCAGGACGGGACUUUCAGCCCCAUCACCUUGGCCUUGUUCUUCACCCUCUAUUUCCUGCUGGCAUGCUGGACUUUCGGCACUUCUGUCCCCAGCGGCCUCUUCGUGCCUUCCCUGCUGUGUGGAGCAGCUUUUGGACGUUUAGUUGCCAACAUCCUGAAAAGCUACAUUGGACUGGGCCACAUCUAUUCUGGGACCUUUGCCCUAAUUGGUGCAGCAGCUUUUUUGGGUGGGGUUGUGAGAAUGACCAUCAGUCUCACAGUCAUCCUGAUCGAGUCUACCAAUGAGAUCACAUACGGGCUUCCCAUUAUGAUCACUCUGAUGGUGGCCAAGUGGACGGGGGACUUUUUCAAUAAGGGCAUUUAUGACAUCCACGUGGGCCUGCGUGGUGUGCCUCUUCUGGAGUGGGAGACAGAGGUGGAGAUGGACAAGCUGAGAGCCAGUGACAUCAUGGAGCCCAACCUGACGUACGUCUACCCACACACACGUAUCCAGUCUCUGGUGAGCAUCCUGCGCACCACCGUCCACCACGCCUUCCCAGUGGUCACGGAGAACCGGGGCAACGAGAAGGAGUUCAUGAAGGGCAAUCAGCUCAUCAGCAACAACAUUAAGUUCAAGAAAUCCAGUAUCCUCACUCGUGCCGGUGAGCAACGCAAGCGGGGCCAGUCCAUGAAGUCCUACCCUUCCAGCGAGCUUCGAAAUGUGUGUGAUGAGCAUGUGGCCUCGGAGGAGCCCACAGAGAAGGAGGAUCUGCUGCAGCAGAUGCUGGAGAGGAGAUACACUCCCUACCCCAACCUAUACCCUGACCAGUCCCCGAGUGAAGACUGGACCAUGGAGGAGCGCUUCCGCCCGCUGACCUUCCAUGGCCUCGUCCUGCGCUCGCAGCUCGUCACCCUGCUUGUCCGAGGAGUGUGUUAUUCGGAAAGUCAGUCUAGUGCCAGCCAGCCACGCCUUUCUUAUGCGGAGAUGGCCGAGGACUACCCGCGGUAUCCGGACAUACAUGACCUGGAUCUCACAUUGCUGAAUCCCCGGAUGAUUGUGGAUGUCACCCCAUAUAUGAACCCUUCACCAUUCACUGUCUCCCCCAACACCCAUGUUUCCCAAGUUUUCAACCUGUUUAGAACCAUGGGCCUGCGCCACCUGCCUGUGGUGAAUGCGGUGGGAGAGAUUGUGGGGAUCAUCACUCGACACAACUUGACGUAUGAGUUCCUGCAGGCCCGGCUUCGGCAGCAUUACCAGACCCUCUGACAGUUGAGCUUGGCUGCCACCAGCCCACUCUCCCAGAGAUGCCUCUGCAGGUGGCCUGCUCACACACUGGCCCCCAUAGCUGGCAUGAAGGCUCCCGGUCACCCACUUGCCUGGAGUCCUGGAAGAUUGGGGUCAGAGGUUUCAGUGAUGUGUUGAGCAGAAAGUUGGAGUUUUACUAACUUCUCAGCAAGAAUUUUCCGUUUCUCCUUCCCCAGGCUCCCGUGGAGAGACAUCAGGGAGAAGUCAGGCUGGGUCCUGGGUAGGCACUUGGUGCUUCUCUGUUGCUGUUUCUCAGAGAACCCAGCUGUUGCCCAGACCCUUCUAGGAAGGGUGGGCAGAAGCAAACAUCGGGGGUGUUAUUUGCAUAUCAUGUUCAUUACUGAGUUCAGGAAUUGGGCCUGAGAACAGUUCCCCAUGUUCAGGGAAGCAUAGGAUCAAGCCCGGGACCUCAGAUCCUCUAGAGCUCUCUGCCUCUCCUUUGGCCCUUCUCAUUCUGUUUCCUGGGAGUGGGCAUGUGCUUGGUCUCCUUAGAAUCAGUUCUGAUCAGACCCAUGAAGCACUAAAACCCUAGCUAACAGCCUUUGAACCAUUAAAUCCCAUCAUGGGGACAGCACCUUCUCCCCUCGCUGUAGGCAUUCAGUAGUCCCAGCACCAGUUACACCCGGUCUUCCAGUACCGCUCUCUCUGCACACUCUCAGUCCAUUCCUCCCCCAACCACUGGACUUUCCAAGCCUUCAUCUUUGUCUUUCUGGUGGUGCAGCCCCAGCUGUGUCUUGGACUCAUUCCCAAAGUUAACCAAAAUUGAGGAACCCCCUCGACAGAACCGCUACCCCAAGCCCUAGAGGAUUUGGAAUGGCUCUACAAGCUGGCAAAUAGGCGGCCCUGAGCCAGGGCCAAUCAAAGGUAUGGCUUUAGGAGGAAGCUGGUGGCUCCUCUCUUGGUCACUGCUCACUCCUGGCUUCCCACGCCACUCCCUGCUCAGCCCUCUUCCUGAGGACUUGGAGAGGAGCUUUUGCAGCUGCUGGGCUCAGGCCUGGGGAAGGAGUGGGUGCUCCUGCCCCUUGUGCCUCACGGCUGCUGGUUCUCUCUGGGUGGUACCUCAGGGAACAUCAGAACUCACUUUCCUGCACCCUCGGGCCCCUGUGGUGGCUGUCCUUGGAUACCAGGGGACUUUUAUUUGCAUUAGAUACUGUUUUUUUCUUUUUUGGUUUUUUUUUUUUUUUUUUUAAUUUGAG